AUGCUUUUCCGCACGAAGAGAAUAACUAUUAUCUUUAUUAUUCUUGCAAUAUUGAACCUAGCCGCUGCUCUGGAUGCUACAUCUCUUUCAGUCGCACUUCCUAGAAUAGCUAAGGAGCUCAAUGGAAGUGCUAUUGAAGCAUUCUGGUCCGGAACGUCGUUUCUAGUGACAUCGACAGUAUUUCAGCCGAUAAUAUGUUCCGUAUCUGAUAUUUUCGGCCGCGGUGUUGCCAUUCUCGCCUCAAUUGCAUUCUUCAUGCUUGGUGCUAUCCUGGCUGGUAUAUCCCAUGGCUUUCGGCUUCUGCUUGCUGGUCGUUCAUUGCAAGGGGUCGGGGCCGGGGGGAUUAUUGCCUUGACAGAGGUGAUCUUGACGGAUCUAAUUCCACUUCGACAACGCGGCAAGUGGCUCAGUAUAAUAUCGGCUAGUUGGGCUGUUGGGAGCGUCUGUGGGCCUCUCGUUGGGGGUGUAUUUGCACAAUUGGUUACGUGGAGGUGGAUCUUUUGGAUUAAUCUGCCUUUUGCAGGUAUAGGUGUUCUCCUGGUCCCAAUGCUAUGGAAUAUUGGCCGUGUUCGGUCGUCUAUUCGUCCAAAACUAGCGAAGGCCGAUUACAUUGGUUGUAUUUUGUUCACCACAUCACUGACAUCAUUUCUUCUCCCGCUAACCUGGGGUGGAGUGAUGUACGCGUGGAACUCAUGGCACACAAUAUUGCCGCUAGUACUAGGUUUCUGCGGUCUAGUGACAUUCAUAGUAUACGAGAAACUUUUUGCAGUUAGUCCUCUGAUCCCGCUGCAUAUCUUUCAUGAUCUGUCCUCCUCCUUCAACUAUCUGGGAUGCUUCCUCCAUGGGAUGCUAUUGUGGUCAGUGCUCUAUUACCUUCCGCUCUACUACGAAGCCGUCCUCGGUUACAAGCCAAUUAUAUCGGCCGUAGCAUUGCUCCCGGAAACCUUUACUGUUGCCCCAGCAUCUGGCUUAGUGGGCAUACUUAUUACUCUUCGGGGUCACUACCGGUGGGAGAUUUGGAUUGGUUGGAUUCUGACUACGACUGGGACUGGUUUGCUUUAUCUGCUGGAUGUCGAAACCACUAUUCCUCAGUGGAUAUUCUUAAAUAUAGUUGGCGGACUCGGGACGGGGAUCCUGUUCUCUUCUUUGACGCUCGCCAUUCAGGCCUCGGCUCCAGAGAAUAAUAUGGCCAUAGCUGUGACUAUGACUAACUUUUUUCGAAGCGCGGGACAGGCAAUCGGCGUAGCUGUUGGCGGCGUCGUGUUCCAGAAUUCCAUGAAAUCGCAACUACGGAGCCAUCCUCAAACGAAGGGAAUCGCUGAUCAUUACGCUAAAGACGCCUCGGCUUUAGCAGCGGUUAUCAAAACUCUGCCUGCUGAUCUUCGGUAUCCGGUCAAGAAUGCUUAUGCCGAGGCUCUUGCUACCCUUUGGGCUGUUAUGUGCGGUUUUGCAGGAUUGGGGUUAAUUACAAGUGUGUUUGUCAAAGAAUAUCAGCUGGGGCACAUAUCAGUCCACGAGAAUCCCUUGGAUAAUGUUGGUACCAGUGUUCCUACCGUGAAGACAGCCGAAGAGCAGGCAGCUAUGCAGGAAAAUGGUCACUAG